GAGCUUCUGCCCCUCCCUCCAGCCUCCCUAGAUCUCCCCACAAGUCAGCACACACAGGUUAACAACACCUGGAACAGAAGAGGACCUUUGGAACCCAGCUCCCACGUAGUUACCAUCGAUACCAAUUGGUUGGCCCUCCUGCUUUACCAGUUAUUAAAUGUUUGAACAUCACCUUUUGGAAAUGGAAGGCUGAGAACCCACUGUCCACCACUUUCUCUCACUUUGAACUGGAGCUUAUCAUGUGCUUCAGCGUUCUGCUGGUCAGGUCUGGCAGAAGGAAUAGCAUUGGUCGUUUGGAGGACAAUGUAUAUAAAAAUAUGCACGAAUCCCAGGAAACCCACAUAUCCAACCACCUAGAUGAAGUUGUUGCUGCUGUCAGCAUAACGCCUGGAAAGAAGAUCUCAAACAAGCUGCCUCUGACGGCCCUGUUCCAGCCUCCUGGAGAGAAACUUCACCUCUGUGAAGAGAAAGUGAAGGCCUUGUCGAGCAACCACAAAUUCAAAGAGGCCAUCCAGGAGCUCGUGCGCUGCAUGGCGCUGACAAGGAUCUGCUAUGGCGACUCGCACUGGAAACUAGCAGAGGCUCAUGUUAAUCUGGCUCAAGGCUACCUCCAGCUGAAAGGGAUGUCACUGCAGGCAAAAAAACAUGCAGAAAUGGCCAAAGAAAUCCUCACCAACUCCAUUGCGCCCCCCUAUAACGAUGAUACAGAUGUCUUCAAGUGUUCCAUCGAGCUGUUCCACACCAUGGGGAGAGCCUUACUCUCCCUCCAGAAAUUUAAAGACGCCUCAGAGAAUUUGACAAAAGCAGAGAGACUCUCAAAGGAGCUACUACAAUGUGGACGGAUUAUAAAGGAAGAAUGGGUAGAAAUUCAAGCGCGGAUCAAAUUGUCAUUUGCACAGGUGUAUCAAGGUCAGAAGAAAUCAAAAGAAGCUCUCCCCCUUUACCAAGAGGCUUUAGAAUAUAUUGAGAUGAGUAAAGGAGAAAGAAGUCUUGAGUGUGUACCGGUAUUGAGGGAAUUAGCUGGCGUAGAGCAAGCCCUGGGAUUUCACGAUGCAGCCAUCAACCACCAAUUACAGGCGCAUCACAUCGUCCUGAGCAGAAACCCCUCUCAAGAGGAGGCUGGGGGCUCCGCCCACUCUGUCGCCCGCACUGCUGUGGCUUCUGGGAACCCUGAGCACCAUGGUGUGGCUGAGCAGUAUUUUCAAGAGAGCAUGGCUAAUCUUAAAGAUGCUAAAGGGAGUGGAAAAGCCAAAUUUCUUACAAUUCAAGAUGAAUAUUGCCAUUUUCUACAGGCCACUGGACAACAAGAGAGAGCAACUUCCAUCUUAAAAGAGUCCCUGGAAGCCAAAAUGGGAGUGUUUGGGGAUCUCAGUUCUGAGGUGGCAGAGACAUACCGACUCCUGAGUGCAGCUGACCUGGCGCAGAGGAACCACGUUGGGGCCCACAAGAAACUGAAGAAGUUGUCCUGGAGAAAGGUGAUGGUAGCUUGUUCCAAGACAGUGGCCAGGGGCUGGAGCAGAGUCGUGGGGGAGUCGAGGGAUGUCGAUAAGGACAUAGAACCCACGACACGUGACAACGCAGAGUGUCUUCAGAUUCAAGCCCUCCUCUAUGGACCGCAGGACAAGAGGACGGUGGCCACCCAGCAGGCCGUGAACGCGCUGUCCAAAGCCCCUGAGGUGGCCAUGAAGUCGAGGCAGACCCCGAAAGUCAAGCCAGCCUUCUGUGCCAGCGUGGCCCACCACACAGCACUGGGGAAGGCCAGGCCUAACGUGGCCGACUGAGGCCUGGCCCCCAGAGCAAGCACUGGUCGUGCCUGGGAGCUGCCAUCUGGGUGCUGUGGUCAUCACUCUCCAACAAGCCUUCAGCAGUCCUUGUCUGGGUGCUCCCUCCCAAUGCCAGUGACCCAUCCCAUAACCCCCUACCCCAGCCACACUUUGCCAGUGGAUGCCUGCAGGUUGAGCUGGUGCUUUUAUAAAGCACUUUUCUCUUUACCACCUGAGUGGUUCUUCUUGCCAGCAAAAACAUUUACCCAUCAGCAUUUCUUUGUCUCAAAGGCUUUUCUUCCAAAGCUCUAAACUUCUUGUGCAGGAAAAUGGAUUCAACUUCUGACUGGGCAGGCAGGCCUCACACAGGCCUGCACUCGGAUUUGGAGCAAUGCAGUUGGGGAGUGGGGAGCCCUUUAUUACAGAAUAGUAAUAAAAGAUUGAGGAUAAAAUGCUAAUAAAAGGAAAUUUGAAAGUCCUGGGCUCAGUAUGUGUUUGAAAA